AUGACCUCCAAGACGCCAUCGCGGCGGCUCACAGAUGUCCUGCGCAGCAACAGCAAGGAGACGCUUCUGCGCAACGCUGCUGAGCUUGCCAAGGUGUCAGUGUCGCUCCCACCCGAGAAAAUACAAACACGAUUCCUGCGCAACCGGCGGCUCAUCAACCCCAAGUCCCUCCGACUGCUGUGCGAUGAGGGAGUGCUGUCACGCUGGUGCGCCUUCGCGGUGUACAAGCCGCCGUUCUGCCCGAUGCGGCGCGCGGAGGCGGGCGGAAACUACCACCGGGUUUCGGUGGAGUCGUUCAUUGAGGCGGCGCUGCGUUCGCGGGAGGUUCAGCCCGUUCUGCAGCGCGAGCUGCGGCCGGAGGAGGUGAGGGUGCGUGUCGUGAACGACGUAGACGUGCACGCCUCAGGGCCGGUCCUUGUAACCGUCGCCGACCGUCAUGCAUUCGCCACGUCGCUGCGGGGCUUCACAAUGCGGUACGACGUGCUGGUGGCGGGUCACCUGCCGCUGACGGAGCCGCGCCGCGUGGACGCCAAUCUUCUGUUAGAGCCGUCGUGUCGUGGCGCCGCCGGUGGUGACAGUGAUGACGCUGUUUCUCUCCCACCCCCUUGUGCGGGAGCAGCAGCAGCGUCCUCAUCAUCAUCGUCUUCGUCUUCGUGCGUGUGCACGUAUCAGGUGAAGCGCAACGCGUACUACUCCGUGCAUCCGGUGAGUCUUUUGGAGUUCACCGUCACGGCCCCGCCGACGCCGCUGCCGCCGCGCAUUGAGGCCUACGUCCGCGAGAACCUUGAUACAUUUGUGCUGGGCGACCCCGACGCUGCAGUGCCGCAGGCGGCAGCGGUGGCGGGAGGAGGUGCGGGCGCCGCAAAGACGUCGUGGGGCGUUGUCGCAUUGCGCGGUGACUGCGACUUCCCGCGUGUCUUCACGCACCUGCGGGAGGUCUGCAUUGACGCCGACGCCGUCGAUGCCGCGGGUGGCGUGGCGACGAAAACAGUCGUAGACUUCCACUGCCGCAAGUGCUUCGAGCCAGUGCUCCAGCGGGAGCGAGUGUACAGUCUUAAGGGCCGACGUAUCGGGCUGCUGGACGGCUCGUGGACACCCGAGGCGGAGUUCCUGUGA